CCGCCAAAGUGUCUUCUUCACUCCUUCUUCCUCGCACCGUCUCAUACGACGCGGCCUCCAAGCCUCCACAUCCGAGUGGUCCGCAUCGAGAAAUGAACGAGCAAAAGACUGGCCGGAGGCGGCGGUCGAGCAGUCUGUUGUAUCAAGAGCCACCGGAGACGAUAGAGCAUAUGAGUGAUCAGGCUGCCUUGCCAAACCUGAAUGCGAACUGGGUCAAUGCGAAAGGUGCUUGGACGAUCCAUUUGGUACUGAUUGCCGCCCUCAAGAUCCUUUUCGAUAUAAUCCCCGGAGUGUCUCAAGAAACCUCUUGGACCUUAACGAACAUCUCCUAUAUGUUCGGCUCUUUCCUCAUGUUCCACUGGGUCCGAGGAGUCCCUUUUGAAUUUAAUUCUGGUGCUUACGAUAAUUUGAAUAUGUGGGAACAGAUCGAUAAUGGAGCUCAAUACACCCCUGCGAAGAAGUUCCUUCUCAGCGUACCAAUAGUGUUGUUCCUUCUGAGCACACACUAUACACAUUAUGACUUGACGUAUUUUACCAUCAAUUUUCUGGCUGUACUAGGAGUUGUGAUACCAAAAUUGCCCUACAGCCACCGCACGCGGGUAGGCCUGUUCUCUGGCGGCCCGGAGGAUAGGUAGUAUCUGAGUGUAGCAUUGCGUGGCGUUUGUGCGAUAUCUUGAGGCCUGACCUUUGUUCUGAAUGAUUAUGAGAAUACGCGUGUGGUGGAAAUUGCACGAGAGAUGUAUUUAAGACAGGAAAGGAGUUAUAACAAGUCUUGGCUAUAUGAUGAGUAGCAUUUCUUGAUCCAACGGACCCUUGCC